AUGAGGCCGAAAGCACUCGAAGCUGUCACAGCUCAAGUCACGGAGGAGAAGUCGCCAGCUAGGCACCGAACCUCUUCCCACCAAGACCAAGAUACCACGAAGUCCUCGUCUACAUCCCCAAGAUCAGCGUCGGAUAGCAGCGCGAUCAGCACAGACGGCACCACCGAAGCCAGCCCGACCGCCACAACCAUCGUCUCAGACGUCGUUGAAACCGUCAGAACCGCCGUCGAUUGCGCCAUCGCAUGGGCUGAACAAAAGGUUGAUAAACUGAGUGCCGAGCAAGAUACUACGGGUCCGUAUGCUUCGCCAGCCACUUGCAUGCCAUCCGAUCUCGAUGCUAUUGCUAGCGGCAUUCUGCCUGCUUUGCCGGCUGCAAGACAGUAUGAUGGAGGUGUUGAUGACGGAAUGAAGGAAGGAGAUGGUACUGAGAAGAGUGCUAAGUUGAGCGAUGACAAGGAUGCAAGGAAGUGA